AUGAUUAAAUUAAUUUUUUUUUUUGUUUAGCUUAAUAUAUUGGUAAAGGGAGAAAUUGCUUUAGAUAUUUUUGAUGAAACAAAAUAAGCAAAUGAUAACACGACAUUUAAUAUAUAAAAUGAUGAAUACUGUUUUUGUAACUUGAAUGUAAAUGCAAUUGAUGACAGAUGUUGUUGUGAUAAGGGAGAUACAACUACAACUACAAAUACAAACACAACAUCUACAACUGAAUGCUUAUUAGGUUCUGUUAAGAGGACGUGUAUCAAAAAAUAUAUAUUAUCGAGACAAAAUGUUGAUUAAUGUAAUAAUUCAAAAUUAUUUUUUAGGGAUCUAAGUUGUAGAGCAAUCAAAUUAAAUUUGUUUUAUUUAUGAAAAAAGCAGUCUUUCAAAUUCAGGAGUUACCUUGCCAUAAACACUCAAUAAUCCAAUUUAUUUACAAAGUUAUUUUAAAGAUUAUAUUGUUCCUUAAACUAAAGUUUCCAAAGCCGAUUCUUAAUAAAUAGUAAUAUAUUAAACGAAUGAUAAAUCUAAUAUCCUAAUUUAUAGAGAUUCAAACGGAAUAUGCAGACAGACCAAAAGAUUCAUAAAUUUUAAAUAGAUUCAAAGAUAAAGUUGUUUAAUGUUAUCCUGUUAGUCUACAUUGUAAUCCAUUAAUUCAAAUGGACUAUCUAUUUAGUAUUAUUAGAAAUCAUAGAAUGUGUAUGUAUAAUAAGCAUAGCCAUCUGGAUGUGUAAGUGGUCAAUCUAUAUUUAUGGGUACAUCUCCUGUAAAAACAACACCAAGCUUUAAUUCAAAGAUUUUUGCAUACUUUUCUAGUGAUUAAACACUUUACAAUUAUUUUAGUGAAGUGAUAUAUGCUAAUGCUAGUAAAAUACAUAAUUUAUUUUAAUAGAUACUAAUUCUAAUUUCUAAGGAAAGGCUGGGUAUGUUUAUGGAUAGUCUGUUUAAGGACAUGUUAAUUUAUAAACAAAUCCUUUUGGAUAUAAAAUUUAUAGAGGUAAAGUAUCAGCCAAAGAUUCAACUUGCUCAGUUAUUGAUGAUCUGAAUCCUCUUAAUUAUGAAUCUCUUCGAUUUGGGUAAAAUGUCUAAUUUUCUUGUUCUUAUUCACUUAAUUCUUCAAGUAUAUCUACUUUUUCUUGGUUUGGAUUACUACUUUUUAAUAGUUUUCCAUACAAUACGUUAUUAGGCCUAGCAAAAACUCCCUUAUUUGGAAGUAGCAGCUUAGAUUUUGUUAAUUUAACAACAACUGCACCUUCAACUGAUUAUAUAUACUAAACAUAGACUGUUUUAAUAUUUACAGACGAAUUUGGAAUGAAAGAAGGUAGACAAAACUAUAUAUCUUCUUUUUAAAUAUUUUAUACAGAUCAAAUUCUAAAAACUGCUAUGCCUACAAAUUCAAAACUUUAUAGGUUCAAUUUAAAAAUUAAAUUUAUCAAUUUACCUCAUGAUGAAAUAGAAAAUAGUGUUCCACAAGAUCCCCCUUUUAUACCUUAAUUACCAUCAGAUAUAUUCUUCCCUAUAUGGUAUGAAACCUUUGAUGUUUUGGUAGGUACAACAAUGAUUGUUUUUAUAUUUUUUAUUUGA